UUUAUUUCAGAAAGUAUUUAUUAACAGAAUCAGGAUGUGUUUGCCUCUUGAGAAAUGCUUUCAGCCUGCGAUUCAUAAAUUGGUCAGAUUUGCAUGGAGUGCUUGGAAACAUUGAUUAAGUAUAUCCCCUCCAAUUUGCUUUAAUCUGAUUGCACAUGUAGAAGUUCCCUUCUGAUGCGGUGCAGCCAUGUCAUGUGUAAGCUGGCCUAACGAACGCUACUUAGUCAUUUGGGACCCCUGUUAAAAGCUAUUACACUCCCUAGAAACAUAAGGAGUUAAAACUAAAGCUGUGACCUCAUCUCUAUUCAUGUUACAUUGGAGUAGAAACUGCGUGGAAGGGGAUCGUUUAACUGUGUCGCUGUCUUUGCUGCUGCUAGCUGAUUUGCUUUCAUUUGGUUCCCAUAUUUAUAGCGUGCUCUUUCUGAACAACUGCCACAGAAGGGAUUUGUGAGCGUCCUAGACACGUACGAAGCCAUGCUAAUACGAACUGCGUGUGGAAAUAGCUCCCACCGAAACAUUUAGGCUCUAGGAUGUUUCUACCUGAUUUCUACAUUUUAUCCCUGCCCCUGUGAAAUCCAGACAGCAUCAAGAAGAGCUGAAACGCACAGGCUUCUAGCCAGCUGGGCACUUAUGUAACUGUGCGUGCAGUUUCCCUUAUUACUUAGCACUGCGUACUAAAUGAGGAGCGCAACUGCUGUCGCUUUAAUGUUGGAGCCGCGUACGUUACAAUAGGUGUCACUGUGCGGCUGAAUCCAAUCGUUAUCAGUGACUUCAGCUAUUGGCUCUGCGUGCUGGCUGACUCCAUCUGCAGGGCUGGAAUAUCUGGUCGCUUCAGAUCCGCUCAUCGCACAAGUUGAGCUCGCUGAGCGGGCGAGCGGUGCUACGGCACGUCGUGCUUGCCUCUGGUGGGAAGCUGCUGCGACAGCCGCGCGUGUGCCUCUGUGCUGGGUGUGCUGCUUUCGGGUGGCUCGCGGUCAGGAAAGCUGGGAAGAAAUAAAACUGGCAGGAAUGAUGGGGAUGUAUUUAACAAUUCAAGUACUGGAUCAAACUUAAAGCCUGGUUUCUUACUCGGAACGCUGGAAAGGUCACCUUGUCUUGCUGGAAAAGAAACUCUCUGCUCUUCUGCUCCGUGUUUAACAGCUCACACGUGCAUUUUUUAAUGUUCUUAGCUAGUCAGGUUAUCUAGCUAUACAGACAAGUAUACUCAUGGUAGAUGAGAAAGGGAAGAACAUGAAAUGUCUCACCUUUUUCUUGAUGCUUCCAGAGACGGUUAAGAACAGGUCCAAGAAGAGCUCUAAAAAGGGAAAUAACAACAGCAGCAGCAGCAAAUUGCCUCCAGUUUGCUAUGAAAUCAUUACCCUGAAGACCAAAAAGAAGAAGAAGAUGGCUGCUGAUAUUUUUCCCCGAAAGAAACCAGCCAACACUAAUACAACUGCUGUCCAGCAGUACCACCAGCAAAAUCUCAAUAACAACAACACUAUUCCAGCACCAAACUGGCAAGGACUUUAUCCGACCAUCAGAGAGAGAAAUGCAGUGAUGUUCAACAAUGACUUGAUGGCAGAUGUUCAUUUUGUGGUCGGGCCACCAGGUGGGACCCAGCGGCUGCCGGGACAUAAAUAUGUCCUGGCCGUUGGGAGCUCAGUAUUCCAUGCAAUGUUCUAUGGAGAACUUGCUGAGGACAAAGAUGAAAUCCGUAUACCAGAUGUGGAGCCUGCUGCUUUUCUCGCAAUGCUGAAAUACAUAUAUUGUGAUGAAAUUGAUUUGGCUGCAGAUACUGUCCUGGCCACUCUUUAUGCUGCCAAGAAGUACAUCGUCCCUCAUCUCGCCCGUGCCUGCGUCAACUUCCUAGAAACAAGUCUAAGUGCAAAGAACGCCUGUGUGCUGCUUUCCCAAAGCUGCUUAUUUGAGGAACCUGACCUGACCCAGCGCUGUUGGGAAGUGAUUGAUGCCCAAGCCGAGCUGGCUUUGAAGUCCGAGGGCUUCUGUGACAUUGAUUUUCAGACGCUUGAAAGCAUUCUCCGACGGGAGACUCUGAAUGCCAAAGAAAUUGUUGUUUUUGAAGCAGCUCUGAAUUGGGCCGAAGUGGAGUGUCAGCGACAGGAGCUAACUGCCACCAUAGAGAAUAAGCGCAAAGUCCUGGGAAAGGCGCUGUACUUGAUACGCAUCCCUACCAUGGCACUCGACGAUUUUGCAAAUGGCGCUGCUCAGUCUGGGAUUCUGACUCUCAACGAAACCAAUGAUAUCUUCCUUUGGUAUACAGCUGCCAAAAAGCCAGAGUUACAGUUUGUAAGCAAGCCCCGGAAAGGCCUUGUUCCUCAGCGGUGCCAUCGUUUCCAAUCCUGUGCUUACCGCAGCAACCAGUGGCGCUACAGGGGCCGGUGUGACAGCAUCCAGUUUGCUGUUGAUAAGAGAGUGUUUAUAGCUGGCUUUGGGCUAUACGGCUCCAGCUGUGGAUCAGCAGAAUACAGUGCCAAGAUUGAACUCAAACGACAAGGAGUUAUCCUAGGCCAGAACUUGAGCAAAUAUUUCUCAGAUGGUUCUAGUAACACUUUCCCUGUGUGGUUUGAAUAUCCAGUACAGAUUGAGCCUGACACCUUUUACACAGCUAGUGUGAUUUUGGAUGGUAAUGAACUCAGCUAUUUUGGACAGGAAGGAAUGACAGAAGUUCAGUGUGGGAAAGUGACUGUUCAGUUUCAGUGCUCUUCGGACAGUACAAAUGGCACUGGGGUACAGGGAGGGCAAAUUCCUGAACUCAUAUUUUAUGCUUGAAUGUGUGGAGUGAAAGCAUUUUUUCCUAUGAAAAACCUGUCUAGUUCAGACCUACUGACGCUUAGCUCUUUAUCUGCAGAUAUGUGAUCAGUACAAGUUAUUUGUCACAAACGCUACGGGCGAGUUACUGGCUUGCUAUACUUGUAGCAUCAUUGGUGAUGAAGUUUAAGUGUAAUAUUUAAAUUGGAAGCUCUUAUGAAUAAGCAAGUUUUGAAUGCUUAGUAAGAGAGUUACCCAAUACCUGGCGAUGCUGACCCUUGCUUUGAUGCACCUGAAUCACCAGAGGAUGCCCUCUUAUCUCGUGGGCUCUAGAAUUCUUUCCACUAAAUGCUGUCAUCUUUGAUCAGUUUUCUCAUUCUCUGUUUCCCACUCUUUGCUUAUAACUAUUUGGGGAGAUGAGUUGAAAACAAGGAGCCUUGUUCUAUAGCUCUCUUCUGUGUACUCUUCAAACUGAAGAGAUUCCAAUCAGCUGAGCUGAUUUUGAUCAUGGAGGCUAACAGAAGUGCUUCAGUUCUAAACAGAAAAAGUAUAGGUUUAUACCAUCAUCCUGAGAGAGAGAUUCUGCGGUAGCCAGCUGUUUGAGGAAGCUACACAGUGUGCUGACCAGAAUGCAUGGACAUGUUUACAGUGAGUAAGGGUUUGGGCUUGACAUGUGACCCUAAGAGUUCAUAUUCCAGGAAUCCCACCUUGAAGGCAAGAAAGUACUUGCACAUGUUCAAGUUACGUACACGAGCUGAAACCUCUAUUCUUUUGACCUAAUUUUGCUACAUUGAAGUUGAUUUACUAUUUUAAUUGCUUUUUGGAUCCUUGCUAAAUAGACAGGAGUUAAUAUCUAGCGUUUGAUGUUGGACAGUUUUUAUAUUUAUCUUAUUUUCUUCCUAAAUAUUUAGAAGCAUGUGGUAGAGAAACAAAACAAUGUACUGGUCCCAACUUACACUUUUUUUUUUUUUUUUUUUUUUUAAUACUGUGAGAAUUUUGAAAGAGACAAGAUUCCCAAAUGUGGUCAUGUUACAGUUAGUGUAUAUCAUUAGAUAAAAGUAAGGAGGAUCUCUUACAGCUGCUUAUGUGGAACCUUCACUUUAUCUGAGUCCUCUCUCAAGCUUCCUGUCAUAUGUCUGUCAUCUCUGGAAAAGUAUUAGGGUUCACAGCUCUUUUUGAGAAGGAAGUAAGUAUAAAUAACAGAUGUAGGUACUAUUUAAAUACAAGGAAAUCUUUGACCCUUGCAUUGUGACACUUGUACUACAAUAGGUCCCUCUGAGAUACAACUCAUUUAGUCUCUGAAGUGGGUUCUUGUGUGUGUGUGUGUGUUUUAACAAAAUUAGAGGACCAAAUAAUUAUUAAGGCAGUCUGAAGAUUAAUAUAUCGACACAUUAAUGUAGCACAACACUAAAUUGACUUGUCAGUUUUGUGAUGAAAAUCUUUUUCCUAUAAGAUUUCUUAUCAGUUUGACACAAUUACUCUUAUGAGUUUUUUGACAGAUGAAACCCUGGCCUCUGGCCAUUGUUAAGUGCCAACACUUCUUUGCAGUGUCCAGAAUAUCAUCUGAGAUGAGGAAAAACUGGAGUGUAGAUAACAAACACUUUAUGGCCAAAGCUCAGUUCCUUCCUCUAGGUAACAAAGGAGAGCCAAGUGAAAAACUACCCUACAAGAUCUAUGCCUUUCACCCAUCUUACUGUUUAGUGUUUUAUAUACAUACAUGCGUGAGUGUGUGUGUGUGUAUGCAACAUUCCUUCUGAAAUGUAAAUACCCUCAAAAUAUGGUGAUUUUUUUCUUUUAACAGAUGUACAUAAUCCAGACUGUUACUGAAAUUUAAACAGAGUGGUCCAUGGAAAACUCACAGAGAUUUUAAAACAGCCGCCAGUUAAAUAUAUUUAGAUGUGCAGCCUAAAAUAAACAAGAAUGUGUGGACUGGAGAAAGAGUUGCUUAAGAGACUGCAAAAAGGAAUCUAAGAUUGUUGUGAGGUAAUGUUCAUCUACCUGGAGAGAAUGUUUUGCGCAGCAAUUCCAUUUAUGUAAAUAGACUUGGAAGCAGAGCAAGAUGCUAAUCAGCCUGCUAAAUUUUCAUACAGCAAGUGGUUGACACAGAUGUAAUAAUUCGGAGUGAAUGUCAGAUUGACAAGCUGCUUGCAGUAGCAAGCUGCAUUCUGAGUUUAGGGAAAAAAAAAUGAGGUGCCUCAGCUGUUGGGACAAAUCAGUACUGCACUGCUAUAACUAAACUCUGGUUCUCACUUUUAAUUUUGUUGGGUUUUUUGCUUGUCUGCAAAUACAGGUAAGCUAUCUGCUACGUUGGCUGGAAUAGAUGGUAGGAGAUUGGAAUACUGUAUAGCUGUAUAAAAUUCGCUAUUAUUUAAUUAUUUUUAUUUGCUGGUUUUAUUAAAUCGUUUUGACGAAGCAGGAUGAAAGCUACCUCUGGCUUAAUUCCUCUGAGUCCCUUCCAGGUUCUAGGAGCUGCUGCAUGUGAAGUUGUUUUUUAAUAUGGAUCAAUAAACAUAAGCACUCCAAAACAGCUUUUAAGCUUGAUUGUGAGUCCUGCUUGAUGCUGACAGGUGCUGCUGUAUUGAGAAGGUGGCUAGUUGUAGUCCCCUUGGACAUCCAGGCACUUAAGUAGGUGUCCACAUGUAGAUUUGGUCAGUUUAGCAGUAGUAUCUAAGCUUGAACACGUGGAUGUUCUGCAAGCAUUGGCUGUAUCAACCUGGAAUGUAAGCGUAAUGUCAGUAGAGAGAACUUCUGGUAGAUUGUCUUAAACUGUACCUGGCCACCUUUGCUAUUUGUAUGUUUGAUUUUCCUGGUUAGGGGAAUCUGUGAUAGAGAGUAUAAUAUAAUAUAAUAUACUUUCUGCAUAUCUAAAGUAGUAUUUAAGUAAACGCUUUAAUUUCUACAUGCUUACUGCACUGAACUGUUUUAUUUGUUGUUUGUUUUGGUUUGUUUUUUUUAUGUAAUUAAAUGCAGCUAACUUCAGGUAACAGCACUCGUUUGUGCUGGAGCAGUGUUUGAUUUUGGCAGGCUUACGGCAUUAUUUAUAAAGGACAGAUAUAUAAAUAUGAAGUACCUCAUGUUGAAUGUUAUUGUACUGUAUCUUCAAUGUCACAGUGCAGAUCUUGUUGGACUCAUGAAUGUGUAUAAUCGCAUUAAACCUACGAAUAAAAAUGGUUC